CUUUAUUUCCAGUAGUAGUAAUAUAAAAUAAAUUGUUGUUUUUAAAUUAGAAAUAUAUUUCUAAAUAAUGUUAGAAUAAAGUAUACUCUGUAAAUAUUUUUUGUAUAAAAUUUACUUGAGAUAGUCUAAUUAAAGUGUAACAAAUUUUAAUUGUUAAAUUAAAAUGAGUAAAAAUUUAACAAAUAAAACUCCUAGGAUUCUUCAGGAGCUCAUGAUGCAACAAGAUAACUCAAAAUGUUUUGAGUGUGGAACACAUAACCCACAAUGGGCUUCUGUAUCAUAUGGUAUAUGGAUAUGUCUAAUGUGUUCUGGCAAGCAUAGAGGUCUUGGCGUCCAUCUUUCAUUUGUGAGAUCUAUUACUAUGGAUGCUUGGAAAGACUUAGAACUUGAAAAAAUGAGAGUGGGUGGUAAUAAAAAUGCUAAGGAAUUUUUUGAAUCUCAGUCUGACUGGAAUAAUUCAAUGUCAAUUGAACAAAAAUACAAUACUAAAGCAGCAGCAUUGUAUCGUGACAGGAUUUUAUGUUUAGCAAAAGGUCAAGUUUGGAAUCCUUCCACAUCAUCUGCAAAAGAUUAUUUUGUUGAUUCUACAAAAAUGAAAAUUAGCCAUCCACAAACGUAUAGCUAUAAUGAAUUACCUAAUAACUACAACACCACAAAUUCAGGGUAUCAAAAUGAUGCUACAUUAAGUCAAAAUAUUAAAGAUGAAAAAGAAGCAUAUUUUGCUAGAAAACAGUAUGAAAAUGCUUCUAGACCAGAUCAUGUUCCUCCAAACCAAGGUGGUCGAUAUUCUGGAUUUGGAAAUACUAUUGAUCCUCCACCUAGAAGCCAAUCUCAAGAUCUUCUAGAAACUGCAGUAUCAUCAUUUUCAAGUGGUUGGUCUUUGUUUUCCUCAUCAGCUUCCAAGAUAGCCUCUCGUGCAACUCAGGGUGCCAUAAAAAUUGGUGGCAUAGCUACACAAAAGGUAUCAGAUAUAACCACUGACAUUAGUUCAAAAAUUAAAGAAGGUACUUUAAUAGAUGAUGUCUCAUCUCAGUUUUCUGCUAUGACUACUAAGAUAAAUGAUUUGGGACGAAAAGAAUGGCAAGAUAUAGGAGGCAGUAAUGUUCCCACGCCACAAAAAUCACAAUCAACAGAUUUUACUCCCAAUUCCAGUGAAAAUUCUUCUCUUUUAGUUGAUGGACAACAUGGAAACAAAAAUUCACAAAGGAAAAGUAGUUGGGGAUCCUGGGAUGUUAACUCUGCACAUACGUUAUCAAAUCAAACGACUGAAAAAUAUCAACCUAUUGAUGAUGAUUGGAAUAAAAAAUGGGAUAAUAAUUGGUAAUUUUGAGGAAAAUAUAAUAAACAUAGAGGUUAUUUAUUUUUUAUUUGAAAUUGCUAUUUUUAAAUUGAUAUAGCCUAAAGAAGUCAUUACUAACUAAUCAAAAUAAAUGUGAAUUUUUAUUAAAAAAAAAAAAAAACUUUUAACUGUAGCAUUACCAACGCAUUUAAAAUGUUUAGAAUAUGAACUUUAUUUAUGUUAAUCUUAUAAAAUGUUUAUUAAAAAAAAAAUGAAAACAUGAGUGUAUUAUUCAUUAGUUUAAAUUAUUCUACAUUAUAUCAAAAUAAUGUUACAUUCCUCUACAUUUUUGUAUAAUUUGCUUGCUAAACUG